CCUUGCUCCGCUGGCGAGUAGCCAGGGCCUGGUGCCCCGGGUGCCAGGCUGCUGGCCCGCAGGCAGGCGCUGCGGGAACACGUGGGUCGGGCGAGCCCCGCGGCCGGCCCCACCCGCCAGCCGGCCAGGGGGAGGGUCUCCGCCGCGCUGAAUAUGCAUCAGCCACCUGAUCCGCCACGCUCGGCAGCUGCCUCCUGCCUUUGUGUGUGGGCCGCCGCCCGGCUCCGCGCAGCGCCCGGCAUGCAGCCCUCCGGGCCGGCCGCCGCCGAGCUGGACGCCUCACUGGAGCAGUACCUGCGGGUCCGCAUCUUCAAAAUCAUCGUCAUCGGCGACUCCAACGUGGGCAAAACCUGCCUGACCUUCCGCUUCUGCGGGGGCGCCUUCCCCGCCAGCACCGAGGCCACCAUCGGCGUGGACUUCAGGGAGAAGACGGUGGAGAUCGAGGGAGAGAAAAUCAAGGUGCAGGUCUGGGACACAGCUGGCCAGGAGCGGUUCCGGAAGAGCAUGGUAGAACACUAUUACCGCAAUGUGCAUGCCGUCAUCUUUGUCUAUGAUGUCACUAAGAUGGCUUCCUUCACCAAUCUUAAGAUGUGGAUUGAGGAAUGCAAUGGGCAUGCUGUGCCCCCUUUCGUCCCCAAGGUGCUUGUUGGGAACAAGUGUGACUUACGAGAACAAAUUCAGGUGCCAUCCAGCGUGGCCCUGAAAUUCGCUGAUGCUCACAACAUGCUUUUGUUUGAAACGUCAGCCAAGGACCCCAAAGAGAGUCAGAAUGUGGAGUCGAUUUUCAUGUGCCUGGCUUGCAGGUUGAAGGCCCAGAAGUCCCUGCUCUAUCGGGAUAUGGAGAGGCAGCAGGGAAAAGUGCAGAAACUGGAGUUCACACAAGACGCUAACAAUAAAAAUGUCUGCCCCUGCUGAACGGAGGCUGUGCAUUCUAGGUUAAUAUUGUGGGGGGAGGGUUUUGUGCCUGUAUAAGACUGACACCUGCUUGUUUCACUAUAAAUUAAUGUUAACAAAAUAAAAUUUGUAUCACUGA